UGCAAAGAUUUUCCAAAAUGUGGAAGUCGCCGACAAGACGAAAUUUAUCAUUCCCGCCAAAAGCGAGUUGUCGGCGGCGACAUCGCUAAGCCAAACUCAUGGCCGUGGCAAGUUGAAUUUCUAGAGAAUGGGACUAAGCACUGGUGCGGGGGCUCCAUCAUUCACCCUCAGUGGAUCAUUACAGCCGCUCACUGUGUGGAUGAAAUUUACUCAUCGGCACCAAAAGAAAUACGCGUUGGAGAGCACAACAGCAAGGUCCUCGAGGGCUACGAAGAGGUUAUCGAAGGAGACAGGGUCUACAUACAUCCGGGAUUUAAACACAACCGCCCGACGAUGGUCAGCGCUGGAGACUACGACUUUGCUCUUUACCGUCUGAAGAGACCAGUCACGUUCUACAGUCGAGUCGGUCCGGUGUGUCUGCCCAAAGAAGACUCGACUAUCAGCGACGAGGUUGGCCGAAUGUGCUUCUUGACAGGUUGGGGUCACACCCAAGAAAAUGGAAAUUUUUCCGAUAUUCUUCGAGAGAACGAAGUGCCGUUAGUUUCUUUUGAGGAAUGCAACAAAGAGGACUCUUAUAACGGUAACAUUAAGGAGCGUUACAUGUGCGCAGGAUAUCCUGAAGGUGGAAAAGACGCUUGUCAAGGAGAUAGUGGAGGACCCCUAGUAUGUCAAGAUGGCGCAGGAAAGUGGGUGCUGGCUGGUGUGGUGACUUGGGGUGUCGGAUGUGCGAGACCGCAAAAAUAUGGGGUUUACGCUGAUGUCCGCAGAUUUCUCCCCUUUAUUGAAAGCACCAUAUAUGGUUACCCACAAUGCGGUAUUCGGCCAUUUCCUUCCUUAAUGUCUCGUAUCGUUGUUGAACGCGAAGCUCGCCCCAACUCCUGGCCGUGGCAGGUCGAUUUUCUGGUCAAUGGUACUUCUCACUACUGUGGAGGCUCUCUAAUCGAUCCUUUAUGGGUUGUGACUUCAGCUCACUGUUUCUAUGUGUACACUAAACCAGAUCAAUGGCAGGUCAGGGUUGGUGAACACAACGAAACUAAAUUCGAAGGAUACGAGGAAAUGAUUGAUAUUGAAAACAUAGUAGUCCAUCCCGGAUUCAUUAUAGGCGACGAAAAACAUCCUGGCGAUUACGAUAUCGCGAUCGUCAAACUCAAGCGACCGGCGGUUUUCCAUAAGCUGGUACAUGCCAUUUGUCUUCCAGACAUGGACACUGGUUUACCAACUGGUAAAUCCUGUUUUGCCACCGGAUGGGGAAAGCAGGACGAGAAUGCAGCUGAGUAUUCAGAUGUUCUUCGAGAAGUAGAGGUGAACCUCGUAUCUAAAGAAGUCUGUAACAGCAACAUCUCUUAUGAUGGGAUCAUACACGAACGUUAUUUUUGCGCAGGUGUUGAAGCUGGUGGUAAAGACUCGUGCAGGGGUGACAGUGGAGGGCCACUGGCUUGUCCAAAGGACGAUGGAAGUUUUACUUUAACCGGGAUCGUUUCAUGGGGAGACGGUUGCGUUGCUGAUAAAUAUGGCGUGUAUUUAGAUGUACGCUAUAUGUCGCCAUUCAUUGAAAGCACUCUGCACGGAUAUCCAUCUUGUGGUGUUCGUCCAGUUCCUUCCCCUUCCUCCCGAAUCGUAGGAGGCCUAGAAGCUCACCCCAACACCUGGCCAUGGCAAGUCGCUCUUUUUGUUGAUGGUACUUCUCACUAUUGUGGCGGCUCGCUGAUUGAUCCUUCGUGGGUUGUGACCUCAGGCCAUUGCUUUUAUUAUAUUCCACAAGUAGACUGGUGGCAUGUAAGGGUUGGGGAACAUAACGCGACAAAAUUCGAAGGCUACGAGGAAAGGAUCGCAAUUGAAUACGUCACGAUACAUCCGGGAUUGGACCCUUCUUUCGAUGAUUACGACAUCGCCCUCGUCAAGCUCAAGCGACCAGCGGUGUUCCACAGCCGAGUACAUUCAAUAUGUCUGCCUGAUAUGGACACUACCUUUCCAACAGGCAAAUCCUGUUUUGCCACCGGAUGGGGAAUGCAAGAAGAAAAUGCUACUGAGUAUUCAGAUGUUCUUCGAGAAGUGGAGGUGAACCUCGUAUCUAAAGAAGUCUGUAACAGCAAUAUUUCUUACAAUGGUACUAUACACGAACGUUAUCUUUGCGCUGGUUUUCAAGGCGGUGGUAAAGACACGUGUGUUGGUGAUAGCGGAGGACCGCUGGCUUGUCAAAAUGAGGAUGGCCGUUUCGUACUGACGGGCGUUGUAAGCUGGGGUGAAGGCUGCGCCCGAGCUAAUAAAUAUGGCGUGUAUUUAGAUGUGCGCUACAUGCUGCCAUUCAUUGAGGGUACCCUAUACGGUCAUCCGAAAUGUGGCACCCGCUUCCUAUCCUCAGAAAGUUCUCCUGCUCUCAGCCAUAAUGAGGCUCGUCCCAACUCCUGGCCGUGGCAGGUUGAGCUGCUAUUCAAAGAUAGGCAUGCGUGUAGCGGCUCUCUGAUCAACCGGCACUGGAUACUGACUUCGGCAACUUGUGUGAACACAAGCCAUAGUACCGAUAACUGGAUGGUCCGGCUCGGUGAACAUGACCGAACAGUCAUCGAGGGAUACGAAGAAAGUAUUAAAGUCAAAGAAAUUUACACAAGUGCAAAACAGCAUGUCACACUGCUGAAAUUGAAGCGAAAAGCUGUCCUUCACAAGCGAGUUCUUCCUAUCUGUCUUCCGGAAGACGAUGCAAACGUUAUUGUAAAUUCUUCGUGUUAUGUGACCAGUUGGCAGUUUGCCAACAAGGACGGGAAUUUCACGGAUGUGUUAAACAAAGCCCAAGUUGAAAUAGCCCCAUUUCAAGACUGUAAUGCAUCAUACAGUGGAAAACUCUCCGAGUAUGAAGUAUGUGCAAACUUCACCCGAGGGAAAGCACAAGGUUGUAAUGUCGAGAGGGGUGCGCCUCUAGUUUGUCCAGGGAUCGAUGGACGAUUUGUAUUAACAGGCGUAGCUUCUGCCGAAGACGAAUGUUCGAAUGCGGGACAAUAUGGUGUCUUCCUCGAUGUCAAAAUGAUGCUUCCGUUUAUUAAUGACGCUAUUAGUAUGAUCCAGUAUCCAGACAGUGUUUAAAUAGUUCUGUGUAAGUUCGAACAGCUCGAACUUGUGUAACGAAAGUAAUUCUUGCAUCAAAGUGCACAAAGCAACCAGGUGGACAAUCAGACAUGGUUUGAUGCUACUCUGGUUUAAAGAUUUAACGAAUGUAACUGAGGAGUUACAGUGUUUAUCGGAGCACACAUGCCUAACUAACCAUGCAGUUGGGUGGGACAAUUCUAAAAUUUUCACCACUAAUCGACGUUACCACCAGCGCCUUUGUUUGGAAGCCUGGCAUAUCAACUCCGCCCACGCUCCUUUAAAUCGUGUAGUCUCCCUAAUGACAUUCAUGGAUAGACAGUAGAGCCUUACGACUCGUUUCGUUUCCAUCGUUUCCUUAAUGAAUAUUCAUGGUUCGACGAAUCGUACGAGUCGUGACACAUAAGACGACUCUUACGGAUCGUUCGACUCGUGAAUACAUUAGACGACUUGUAUCGAGCCCUGGUAUUGAACAACCCUCUAGUACAUAUAAGUCUUAUGAAUCUUAAAAAGGCCAGAAAACAAGUUAUUCAAGUUUCGGUGUGAGAAGCACUGGUGAGUAACUCAAAGAUGUUUCGGUGCGACCACUAUUUGUUCAGUACUCGUUCAAUUUCUUGUAAAUUAACAACCUGGAAACAUUUCCUGUGCUAAAGAUUUUGGAUUUUAACACUUACCUAGCCUCAUUUGUUACUUAGUAUAGGCUCGGAGAAGGAAUUCUAAAUUCACUUGGGUUUUUUUGUUUUUUGAUAUGUCUUAAACUAAUAAUUGUAAGUGAAUCAAUCUUUUUGGAGCAAAGCUGCGACAAAUUAACACCCUUCAACAUUCUCAAAAAGUCCUGAAACCAUUGAACUAUUGCAGCUCAUCUUAGAUUACUUGAAACAAUUUUUUGGACAAUUGCACCUCGAAUUAAAAGCGUUUGGGUUGCAUAGUGACCCCGUUUAGA